AUUUUGAAUAUCAUCAGUUGGAAUUUUGUAUAAAUACGGAGUUUCCAAGUACGAAAAUUGAGUUCAACUCAAAAUGGCAGCCAUGAAAAGUUUCCUCAUCAUUUGCAUUUUAGUACCAAUUUUACUGGCGGUACUAUACUCUCCAAGUGCCUCAGCGGAGCUUAAUGAAGAAUCCAUUGUGGUCAAAAGGGGUGUCCUUGGUUUGAUAAAAUUGGCCAAACCCGCUGUAAGGUUACUAGUACCACUACUAAAGAAAAUCCAAUAAGACAACUUUAACUUUUAACAAUAAAGAAUCAUUGCAAAAUAAAAAAAUUUAACUUCUUUUACAAUUUUCAAAACCGGGCUUAGGAUGUUUCAGAAACAAAUGUUAUUCCGAUACUUUACUUGAAAGCAAUCGAAUAGGAUUUUCAAUAUUAUUAAAAAAAGGAAUAAAUAAUGUUGGUUGCAUUCUGAAUAAGAUUCAAGCAGCUCACGACUUCCGGUUUUAGACCAAGAAUCCUCUGGGUAGCUAACAAACAUCCGUUUGAAAGCGAGCUAAAGUGAGAAGGCGAACCCGCUUCUGCGGUAGUGCGUAGGGCUUGGGACCCACCACAUAAAAACAAAGUACCAAUGAAAAAUCGAAAAAGAAAGCCUCGGAUGAGACACCCCCCUUUUGAUGACGACCCCUGCAAACGUUUUAAGGAUAAUGAUUUAAGGGCAUGCACCUGGAAUGUCCGGACCCUUAAUUGGGAAGGCGCUUGGCGAUUUUAACGCCAGGGUGGGUAAAGAAGGUGUCUUUGGCACAACAGCCGUCAACAAACACAAGGAAGGUUCGCCGUCGAAAAGCUGCGAACGCAACAGACAGUCACGAAAUACUCUACUCUGCUCUGAGAGCACUCAUCAGCAUCUCGGUAUAAGGGAACUGUGGGACGGCAUCUCAAACUUACUGCGUACCGCUGCAUCCGAAACCAUUGGCUUUCGGAAAAGUCAAAAAAACAGCUGAUACGAUGAGGAAUGCCGUCUCGGAGCGGAGAGAAAACAGACUGCCUACCUCGCAACGUUUCAAACGACCACAACACGUGCAGGAUUGGAUAGAUACCGAGAGCUGAAGAGGGAAGCGAGACGCAUCUGCAGACAAAAAAAGAAAGAGGCCGAAAUGCGUGAGUACGAAGAGCUUGAGAAGCUGGCAGCCAGAGGAAAUGCUCGAAAAUUUUAUGAUAAAAUGAAGCGACUUAACGAAGGUUUCAAGACCGGAGCAUCCUCAUGUAGGGACCAAGGUGGUAAUCUGGUAACCGAUGUCCAGGGCAUACUGGGAUUAUGGAGGGAACACUUCUCCGACCUGCUGAAUGGCAGUGAAAGUACAACACCAGGAGUUGGCGAACCCGAUUCCCCAAUCGAUGACGAUGGAAUAGAUGUUCCAUUACCCGACCAUGAAGAAAUUCGAAUAGCAAUUACCCGCUUGAAGAACAACAAAGCGGCAGGGGCCGAUAGAUUACCGGCUGAGCUAUUCAAAUACGGCGGCGAAGAACUUAUAAGGUGGAUGCAUCAGCUUCUUUGCAAAAUAUGGACGGAAGAAAGCAAACCUGACGACUCAGUGUGCUCUGCCCAAUCCAUAAAAAAGGAGAUCCCACAAACUGUGCCAAUUACCGUGGGAUAAGCCUCCUAAAUAUCGCCUAUAGGUUCUAUCGAGCGUACUGUGUGAAAGACUUAAGCCCACCAUCAACAAGCUGGUUGGACCUUAUCUGUGUGGCUUUAGACCUGGAAAAUCGACAACUGACCAGAUAUUCACCAUGCGCCAAAUUUUGGAGAAGACCCGUGAAAAGAGGAUCGACACACACCACCUUUUUGUCAUUAUUUUUUGUCAUUCCAAUGUCUUAGAUUGCUCAAUAAAG